AAAACUUGUUGAUAGUUUGUUAAUUAUUUCUUUAUUGUACCUUUUAAUGGAUGAGAAGCGUUAUGUGAAGCGCAAAGAGAAGGCGAAAUCCGAUGGCAACCGCGAACAAUUGGCGCUUGGCUGCAAGCAGCUGGGCGACUUUUAUAAUCAGCUUGGCAAAUACAUUGAGGCGGCACAGGAAUAUAAACAAGAGGCAAGCAUUUACGCGAGCAUGGGCAAGGAGCUGGAGACAGCUAGGGCAAAGCGCAUGUUGGGUGAAAUGUAUACGCUGCUAUGUGAAUAUGAUGCUGCCAAGGACCACAUUAAUGAUUACUUGAAAAUCGCUAAGCGGUUGAAGAACCAAGUCGAGCUGCAGCGUGCCUAUGCAACACUGGGCCGUGUACAUCUGCUGCAUGGACAAAGUUUGGCCGAGAGUAAAGCAUCAGCAGCUAUGGAGCAGCUAAAGAAGGCGGAGAAGAACUUUUUGCACAGUCUGCUAUUGAUUAAAGAGCUUACGGGACAAGUGACUAAGCUGGAACAGCUGGAUAUGCAAGCGCGGUGCUAUCUCAAUAUAGGCGUAGUCAAGGAGCACAUGGAGAACUUUGAAGGGUCCAUUGAGUAUAUUCACAAGGCGAUUACGAUCAGCAAAAACAACGAUUUAUUCGAAUUGACGCACCUUUGUUAUAUAUCCAUGAGUCUGCUCUAUAACUGCAAGAAGAAGGAUGCCGCAGCCGCUUUGCGCUAUUGUAAUUUGGCGUUGGAUGUGGCUAAACGGCUGCCGAACAAAGUAAAAAAGAUAUGUGAAACGUUGAUAACCAAAGCAGACAUUUUGGUAGUCGCUGGUGACUUUGCAAGCGUCAAGCAGAUACUCACCAAGGCCUACAAGAAGCACACUCCUGAUGAGAACGAUCGCGCCAGCAUUGAACGUUCAUUACGCAUUGUUGUCAAGAUCUGUCAAAGCCUGGACGAACUGGUGGUGACCAGCUCUGUAGACUACGGCAAGCUAAAGGAUUUGUAUGAGCGUCUAGGCGACGGUUGCUGUCAUCUUUUAAACUAUGAGAAGGCAUUAGUUUACUAUCAAAAGAUGCUGGAGUCUGCGAAGCUAAAUGAGGAACGUGGCAAGAGUCUGGUGCCCAUCUAUGUGAGCUUAUAUCAAACCUAUAAGGAUAACAAACAGUUUGACAAGGCUCUGGAGUAUCUAUGGAAGGAGUUUGAACUCAAUCAGGAUAUGCCCACGGAGGCGUUUACGACUCUUUGUAGCAUAGCUGAGAUUUGUGAGCAGCAGGCGCAGCCCUUCUGGACAGUGCAUGAUGUGUACCAACAGGCAUUGCGCCAAGUGUCUAAGGUGGAGCAUGAGACGACGCGACAGAAGCUGGAGAAGAUUGCCUUGGUGCGUUUGUAUAAGCUGCAGCGUAAGCACAACAUGCACCUGCUGCUGGAACAAUUGGAAGCGGAAGCCAAAGCCAAAGGUAUUGAUUUGUUGGCAGAGUCCUUUAGAGAGGAUGAUGAUGACGAUGAUGAUCAAGCAUUGCCCAUGCAGCAGCAGAACACGCCCGACUGGGGCGAUGAUAUAGAUCUGGAUGCGCUCACCGACUCAGAUGCCAGUGAUCUGGAUGAAAGCGACAAACCACGCCCACAGCGCACAACGCGUGGCAAUCGCUCGCUCACCAUUAAGCGUAAUAACAAGGGAGAGACGCAGCUGCAUCAGGCUUGCAUAGCAGGCAAUCUGGAGCUGGCACGUCGUCUUAUCGAGCAGGGACACACGGUAAAUGUGCGGGAUCAUGCUGGCUGGCUGCCACUGCACGAGGCCUGCAAUCAUGGCUAUCGGGAUCUAGUCGAGCUGCUGUUGGACAAAGGCGCAGCGGUGGCAAUUAACGAUAAAGGUGGCACCAGCUGUGAUGGCAUCACGCCCUUGUACGAUGCCUGCACCAAUGGAUACCUGGAUGUGGCCGAGCUGCUGUUGGAGCGCGGUGCAGAUGCUACAGUGCGCACAGACUACAAUGAAACCUGCAUUGAGGCGUUGGAUAGGUGGCGACAGUCCCAACAGUUGCUGGAUGGCGAGCAAGCGCAGUAUGCACAGCUGCGGGAACAAUUGCUGCACAAGCUUUCGAAGUUGGGCAUCUGCAGUCAGCGUCAAGCGGCGCCUUUGACCAAUGCACAGGCGCGUGUGUCUGCGAGUGAUACAGAUGAGGAGGAUGAGUUCGACUUGCCGCAGCGCCCUAUUAGGCGUAGCUAUGCUAGCAGUCCACCUAAAAGCAGCAGUGCCAGUAAAGAAUAUCGAAACGUUAUGGCGCAACUUAAACGUCCAAACCGUUUGGAUGAACCAAGUAGCAGCAGCACUUGUUCAGGCUCCAGCUCUAACUCCAGUCAAAUUAAACAGAAGCGCUCUGGCUUGAUGUCUGAACAUGAAGUGGAUGCAGACUGCUGGCUUAUCGACGACGUUGGUCCAGAGCGCAAACGCAAACGUUACAACUCUGGCAGUCUCAAUUGUCGCUCCAAGGAGAAUCUGCAGGACUCUGCUUUAAGCUGGGAAACAGAACUGCAAGCAACGCCGCCUGAACUGGAUGCUCAUCGUGUGCUGCUCGAGGCAGCUGGCUCCAAGCAGCAUCAGCGUUCUAAGAAUACACGCAAGCUUUCACUCACCCGUGUCUCCAGCAUGAGUAGCAAUCACAGUGGCAAGUCUAAGCACCAGGGCUCGCUACUGGACAGUGGCUUCUGUCGUUUUCGCAGCGAGAGUCCCUUGGGCAGUGGCGAGGAUUCCCAAGAUGGCUUUCGCGCUCAUGCAGAGCCAGAUUCCACCACAUGCGGCGCAGCCAUACAACUGAUCAUAUCACCCGCCAAGAAAUCUUCGCCUAUUAAGCUGCAAGCGCUGCCAGUGCUGGCAACAACAGUAUCCUUUAAGGUCAAGGUGCAGGAUGAGCUACUGCUGGUACCUGUGGAGCGCAAAAAGUUGCAGGACAUAAACAUGCGCUGGCUAGCAGAGGAGGCAGGCAGACGCUACAAUAAAUUAACUGGUUUAACACCUUUGUUGCGUUUAAAAACAAGUGAUGGAUUUGCCUAUGAAGAAAGCGACGCUGUCAGCGUGGCGCUGGAGCAAAACAUGCUGCUUAGCACCAUACUGGAGUGGAAAAUCUCGCCGCUUGCGCAACGCUAUGAGGAAAUGUGCCUGCAAUUCAAGAAAGAUGUGGACAACAAGCUCAAACUGCUCUUGGAACGCUCGCAGAACACACUCAAGCUGGAGUUGGCCAAUCUCUGGUUACUGACAGCUCAAAUGGAGCCCAUUUUCAAGGCGUUAAAUCAUCAGGCGCGUCUCACUGUGCUGGAUCUUUGUUGCAACUUCAUAGGCAACGAGGGAGCACAGCAGCUGGGCAAGGCAUUGCCCACCUUGUUGCAACUAAAGUCCUUGCUACUCAAGUGCAAUGGCAUUAGCUAUGAGGGCCUGGAUGCGCUGCUGUCGGCUGAGGCCAUGGAGAAGCUGGAGCACUUGUUGGAGCUGCAGCUAAGUCAAAAUCCGCUGGGCAAUGCCAGUCUGCGUACCUUAAACAAAUAUUGCAACAGUCCAGCUGGACGGGCUUUGACCACGCUCGGCCUGGCGCAGUGUGAAUUCAAUGAGCUUCAGAACUUCGAUCUCGGUUUUGAUCAGCUGACCAGCUUUGAUAUUAGUUUUAAUCAGCUGACGCAGCAGAGUGUGCAUAGAUUAUCGGAGCAGCUAAACACUUGUCGCUUGGAACACUUGAACCUUAGCUACAUACGUUGGCCAUUGGAUGAGCAAAGCGGCUUUGCCUUGGGCGAGCGUUUGGUGGCGCUGCUGGAGAGCGGCACAUCGGAGCGUUUUGUGCGUUUGCAGCUUGCAGGCUGCGGCUUGAACGAUGCACAUCUCUAUAAGCUUACCCAGCAGUUAGCCAAAGCCAAACAACUACAUUAUCUGGACAUUAGCGACAAUCCGCGACUCAGUGGCUUAUCCUUGGGCCAUGUGCUAACAGAGCUGCCACAUCUGCAUGUGCUUCUGGCCACAAAUUGCACGCACCUGUUGGAUGAUGUGCGUCUGCAGCAGCUAGAGCAACAGCCGCAGCUACCCAGGCGGCUAGAUUUAAGCAUUGAUGAGCAGACGUUCACCGUGCCGGAUGCAUUGGCGACGUUGAGCUCCAUUUGGCAGCUAAAGUGGGGCGAUAAGGCGCAGAUGUCAGCUCCCAAAGGAUCAAAGGGGCUAGUGCGACUUUAUGUGGAUGAGAGUGAUCUGCAAUGCGGCGCUGAAUAGAUCUUAGUAAUAAUUUUAUUUAUUUUUUAUGCUAUAAGA